GGAGAAACGGGAGGAGGAGGAGCGUCACUGUAGUUUUCUUUCAUUUUAGUGUAGGCGAGGAAGUGAUUUCAAGUUGAGGUACUUUAUUUACUCGAAAGGUUUGCUGGCGCUUGGCUUUGGUUGAAUGGAGUUUUCCGAGCACAUCAAGACAGCGAAUGUAGAAGAUGUUGUGCUCCAGCAGCCUCUGCACACUUCGAUCAAGGGCACCCUGUGCAUCACCGGCCACCACCUGCUCUUCUCGGACAGGGAGGAGGAGAGCUGUCAGCAGGUUCUGCUGCUCCUCAGAAACAUUGAUGCUGUUGAGAAAAGCAGCGUGGAAAACCUUUUGAACUACUUCAGCCUCUUUCCUAAUGCCGGCCACAGCGACAGAGCUACAGAAUCUUCCGGUACCAUCGUCAUCAAGUGUAAAGAUCUGCGUGUGCUACAGCUUGACAUCCCAGGCAUGGAGCAGUGCCUUAACAUUGCACAAUCCAUUGAGACCCUGUCUUGUCUGAACUGUGUGGCAGAGAUGUAUCCUUUCUUUUACCGACCCUCCAAUGCCAGCCCGCAGGACCCGUGGGGCCUCUCAACCCCUGAAAGACAUUACGCUGAAAUGGAAGAACUUCAUGAAAGGUGGAGACUGAGCACCGUGAACCAAGACUACUCAGUAUGCGCCUCUUACCCUCCAGCUGUCAUUGUCCCCAAGGCAAUUGGGGAUGACGCGCUAAAAAAGGUUGCCAAAUUCAGACAGGGGGGACGCUUCCCUGUCCUCUGUUACUACCACAAGAAGAAUGGCACGGUCAUUUUGCGCGGCAGUCAGCCACUGACAGGAGCCAACCGGAAGCGUUGCUUGGAAGAUGAGCUCCUCUUGCAGAUAGUGAUCGGGGACUCAGACAGAGGUUAUAUUAUUGACACACGUUCAGCUCAGCAGGCGCAGCAAGCCAGGAUGAUGGGCGGCGGGUUUGAGUCCAAAUCAUGCUACAGCAACUGGAAGAGACUACACAGGCACAUGGAAAGGGGGAAAACACUCCAGGAGAGUCUAAUCAAGCUGGUGGAUGCCUGUGGUGACAAGUCCCCGAAUAUGGACCGCUGGCUCAGUAAGCUCGAAAAUUCCAAGUGGUUGUCUCAUGUCCAAACUGCAAUGUCAACUGCUGGCCUGCUGGCAGAGUGUGUGGAGAGAGAUGGUCACUCAGUCCUGGUUCACGGCUCUGAGGGGACAGACUCCACACUGCUUAUUAGCACUCUUGCACAACUCAUUUUGGACCCAAGUUGUCGUACACUGGAAGGCUUUCUGAAACUUCUAGAGAGGGAAUUUGUCCAGGCAGGACACCCAUUCCAGCAGCGAUGUUCCCACUCAGCCUUCUCCCAUGCUCGUAUCCAGCAGGAAUGUCCAGUGUUCUUGUUGCUGCUGGACUGUGUGUGGCAGUUAUGGCGCCAGUUCCCCCUUGCACUCGGCUUUUCUGAAGCUCUGCUCCUCAGGCUGGCUACUGAAGCCUAUGCCUCGGACUAUGGCACCUUCCUCUGUAACAGCGACAUGGAACGCUGUGCUCUCCAAGUGAAGGACAAGACUCAUUGUUUGUUUCGGGCCCUGCUGAAGCCAACGGAAAGAGAGCAGUACAAUAACCCACUAUAUGAGCCAAAUGAACUGGCCAUUUGGCCUUCAGUCCACCCACAAUCCUUACAACUAUGGAGGGGCUAUUUUCUGAGGUGGACCCAACAGACUCGUCACCUGGAAUUGGUCCAGGAGGAGAUAAGGAAUAUGGUCAUUGAGUGGGGGAAGAUAGCACUCAGCUGUUGAACACUCAUCAAUAAAGAAGUAAUCGGGAAGAGCAUGAA